AUGCCGUCAGUUACAGACAGGAGAGUGUACGAGGAUCAAAUACCGCCAUUUAUGACAGUAUUUGACCUGGAUGCCGAGACUAUGGCAGACCAAGACACUGUCACACUCGUCGACACAAAGUUUGUCGACAUGGACACUAAGCGACCUGGCAUGAUGGGUCCCUCUCAUCAGCAUGGCCUUGCCCCGAGCAUGAUGCCUGUCGACCCAACUCACAAGCACCAUGACAGCACAUCAACACAAACCUCUGAGUCUGCCGACUCAUCACCUACUACAACGCUUUCUACAACCGAUUCUUCGCCUUUGUCAGAUGCGUCUCCCUCAUCUUCCCCCGAUUCUCCAAUGAAUCUCAUUCCACUCAACAACUUCCCUGCCACCAGCUUUGGCAAUCUGGGUGUCAACAGCAGCAUCAACAUGAAUUACAAUACCGGCAGCAGUACUAUGUUGAGCGAGCCACCUCGGCUACAGCGACCCAUGACAUCGCCCUCGCCUCGACGGGGACGCAAUAUGAAGGGUCUUUCCAUUCAGCCUCCAUUUGCUGUUUCGACUUCUACAACCAAUAUCUCGCUAGUGUCUGAGCCAGCUUCUCCAUCAUUUAUCAAACCUACGAUUCCUGCUAUGAGAAGAAAGCCCAGCCAGUUGAGUUUGAACACAAACACUUCUGACCUAACUCACAAGACCACUCUCGAAGUCCCCCCUUCGCCAGCUAUGCCAAUGCUUCAGCGUCGAGCUCUGAAGCAUUCUUGCUCCUCCCCCCACAUGUCUUCUGGUCUCAAGUCAGCGACAUUUGGUCCACCCGGCGGUAUGACUUUUCCUAAGGUACUGGAGCGAAACGAGUCUGGACUCUCAGAGGUGUUGCGCCCAUCUAAGUCAAUCUUGAAGCCAACUACCAUUCAUUCUGCGAUCACGGAAGAGGAUUCACCUAUUCGCACUCAGAUGGCCAUCCGGGACGACGAUCCCUACCGCGACAAUGAGAACAACGAGGACAUGAAGACCCCCGGGUAUCCUGAUGGCCCAAUUGCUAUCUACGACGACAAUGUGUUUCUUUACUCAGAGCCCACAGCGGACGAGGCAGCACGCUUUGAUGUGGUCAUUAACUGCGCCAGGGAAGUCAACAACCCCUUCGAAGUUCGCAGGGCUACGCGACGCCCUAUGUCGAUCGCUGAGCCCGACACUGCCGUGUCAACAGCCAGCUUCAUGACAGCCUGGGAGUAUCCCCAAGGUGAAGAAUCAGCCGAGACACCAACAACCCCCAAGGCCUUCCAGUUCCAGGAGCCUGAGUACAUUCACAUUCCUUGGGACCACAACACAGACAUUGCGCCGGAUCUCAUGAACCUGUGCAACGUGAUCGAUAGCCGAACCAAGGCUGGCAAGCGUGUGCUCAUUCACUGUCAACAGGGUGCUAGCCGAUCUGCCAGUUUGAUUAUUGCCUAUGGUCUAUUUCAGAAACCCGAACUCACUGUUAACGAUGCCUACUAUGCGGCUCAAGCCAAGAGCCAAUGGAUCAGCCCAAACAUGAAGCUCAUGUACUCGUUGCAGGACUUCCAGAAGGAAGUGUCAACAAAGCGCACGGCCCAACCUUCUAACCGCCCUCGACCUGGUCGCAAGCCUUCUAAGCACAGACUGACCCUGUCCGCCAACGCCAUUGACAUCGGUCCCAAGGAACCUCAGACUGCACCUCUUCCGACACAAGGCGAGGACGCCCAACAAUCAAACCUCAGUUCCAGCCCUACUCGGCUCAGAGGCAACUCGACACCUGGGCCUCGGCCUGUUUCACCAGGUCCAGCGUCUGCCCCACCCACAUGUACGUGGAAGGAUGAGGUUGAGCAACGCUCCUCUGAAAAGCUGAAUCCUUUCAAGCUUGGCGAUAUGCCCAAGAGGCCAGUUUCAAGUCAGGGCGAAGCGCAAGCCACCUUGGCCCCCUCGAACCUGGCCCCAUCUCCCAUGAUGGACUCAGCUAUGAAGCCACCUCCAUCCCCGGGAUUCCCUUCGCAAGCGAGCUUCGGUUUUCAGACUAUGUCUUUCCCCAGAUUCAACCCAGCGCCGGCUGAAAUGAAAUUCAACGAUACACCUUUUCAAAGGACAAUAGCUCUUCCAGGCUCGUACCCAGAAGACGAUGCCUUACUGUCACCCAGAGCAGAGACAAUGACCAACAACCCGCUUCACGAUAUGCCUGAGGUUGCCGGUAUGCGGUUUGUGGAAAGCCCACCAACUCCGGGUCAAGGCCUGUUCUCCCCUCGAGCAGGCAUGUUCCCUCGCGAUCCUUUCUCAACAUUCGGAAGACCCCCAGUUGUCGCGGACCCGAGGAGUCCACCCACUAAGGGUGAGGCACCUAUAAUUAGAUCAAUUGAUGAUCUCUUAUAA